AUGGAGUUUGACCAUCUCGAACAAGGUCUUAUCACCGUUGUUCCUAUUUUUGAAAGACUUGAUCUCCUGAUCACUCAAGAAACUCAAGAAAGGGCAAGGCUACUCGAGCAAAGAAAGACACAAUACAGCAGAGAAAAGAAUUCAAUUGCACUCGGAAGAUCGAUUGCAAUGAGUAGUAAUCAAGAAGAUCAGUUCAAUAUGGCCGAUCUUAGCUCCGCUCUCCCUUCUGCUACUUCUGCUUUUACUGAUGAGGAUCGUGCUGGACUUGUUAACGUCCUGAAGAAUAAGCUUGAGAAUUUGACUGGAAAACAUCCUGAUUUCUUGGACACUCUUUCAUCCAAAGUUAGGCAGCGUGUUGGUGUUCUUAAGGAUCUUCAGAGUCGAUAUGAUGAGCUGGAGGCUAAGUAUCUUGAAGAAAAGGCAGAACUGGAAGCAAAGUAUAUGAAGUUGUAUGAGCCAUUAUAUUCUAAGAGAUAUGAAAUAGUCAAUGGUUUGACUGAAGUUGAAGGUGUUUCAGAUGAUAAUUUGGUGGAUAAGGAAAAUAAUGAGUCAAAGGGAGAUAAAGGUGUACCAAAUUUCUGGCUCACUGCAAUGAAGUCCAAUGAAGUGCUAGCUGAUGAGAUUUCUGAAUCUGAUGAAGGAGCUCUCCAGUAUCUAAAAGAUGUUAAGUGGUCUCGAAUUACUGGUGCCAAGGGUUUUAAGCUUGAACUCUUUUUUGAUCCUAAUCCUUAUUUUAAGAACUCUGUGUUGUCUAAAACAUAUGAGAUGAUCAACGAGGAAGAACAUAUUUUAGAGAAAGCAAUUGGGACUAAGAUCGAAUGGUAUCCAGGGAAAAAUUUGACCCAAAAGGUUCUGAGGAAGAAAGCUAAGAAGGGUUCUAGAAGCCCAAAGCCACCAAUUACAAAAACUGAAGAUUGUGAAAGCUUCUUCAACUUUUUCAAUCCUCCACAAAUCCCUGAUGAUGAAGACGACAUGGAUGAGGAUACGGCUGAACAGCUUCAGAAUCAGAUGGAACAUGAUUAUGACAUUGGGUCAACAAUUCGAGACAAAAUCAUUCCUCAUGCUGUCUCUUGGUUUACUGUAAAAAGAAGUGAUGAGUUUGAGCACAAAAACCCGUAUGAAGUUUAGAAAAAUUGAAUUACUGAUGAAACAAAGAUGUGGCUACGUGUAUUCUUUAAGAUCACACCACGUGGCUAAUUAAAAGUGUGCAGUUGUGGUUUUUCUCCUCUAUUUUUGUACUUUUUCUUGUUUGAUUCGUUUCAUGUCCUGUAUUUAUCUUCUUGUUCUUUUUUAUUGGAGACACCUAGAUUUUUUUAAUAUCACUUCACUAUUUGUCGACGCUUACAUUACUUUUUUUUACCCAUAUUCCUAUCAAUGGGUCAAACGAAUUCUAGA